CCAUGGAUGACAGUCUCUGUCCCCUUUCCUUGGGUUCUUCAGUGGCCAUAGAAGUGCUGGAGAAACUUUUUCAAGUUGAAAAAGCUCUGAAAAAUGAAACAUUUCAAUUCAACCAAGAAGCUAAGACUACUCUUGAGGAAAUUGCUGAAGCAGUUAAAAAAUUGGAAUGUAUGAGGAAAACCACAAUUGAUCUUCUCGAAAUUGAAACCAUAGAAGCCAGCAGACUCCGUUUUAGGUUAAUGCGUCUUCCAGCAAACAUUUCCAAGGAAAUAGAAGAUGCUGUUAUUGCUGCCCGUGUAACAAAUGCAGAGGAGAUAAAUAGUUUAAAUAAUGCAAUUGAAGUCGUCACAUAUGAAAUGGACCGGCUGAACGAAAGACUAACCAAUCUGGAAAAAAUGAAUCUAGAAUUGUGGGAAGAACAGGAACAAUUAGCUGAUGGUCAUCAAAAAGCUGUACUUAUGGUUAACAUGAAGAUGAAAGAAAGAACUGAAAAUGAUACUUCUACAAAAGAGAUAUAUGACAAGAAAAAAGUUGAUGAAGAAAAAAUUGACUACUAUCAAGAUCUAUUGAAAACAAUAAAUAAGGAACUGACUGAAGAAAGGGAAGUAUUUGCAAUGAAAAAAGAAAUUUUAGAGAAAAAGAUUGCUGAUGUUAAACAACAAAAAGAUGAGGAAAUUAAGAGCACUCUUAAAAAGAAGAGACAAUUGUCCCAGAUGGUUACUGAAAUAGCAAAAAUAAAGGAGGAAUACAAGCGCAGACAAGGGGCAAUGAAGGAACAAGAUGUGACACGGAAGGAGCUGGAAGAUGGACUGAAAAAGUUGCAAAAUGAGUUGGAAAUGCAAUUAAAACAACCAGAGCAACUGUUGGUUAAGAGGGUUGAAUAUGACAGUGCCCUUGUGGAUCUGAUAGAAUCAUCUAAAACGAAACAAGCAGACUUUCUUAAUAAGAUAAGACAGGCUAAAGAAAAAUUUUUAAAAAUAAAGGCACGACAUACUGAUCUUAAAGGAAAAAGUAAAAUUCUUAAUGAAAAUCUUAAAAAUGCUCAACUAGAAGAACAUGAAUAUUAUUUAUCAGAGCAACACUCUAAAGACAUAGUUAACAAAAUAGAACAACUUAUCGCUGAGAAAAAAGCUCUCUUAAGCAAAAAAUUAAUGGAUACCAAAGCCCUAGAAGAGGCAAUAGAAAAUCUCAGGCACCUAUAUCGAACAGCAAUAGAUUCCUAUCGUAAACAAAUAGCAUUUCUGAAAGGAAAUUGGAUGACAGAAAGCAAAAAAAGUAUUAAGAAUCAGUGGAAAGUAAUCAAUUUUCAAAAAGAGCAUGAGCGCUGGAGAAAAACAGAAAGUGAGGACAUCGAAGAACUCAUUCAAAGAGUUGAAUAUAUUGCACAGAAGCGAGGUGAAAUAUAUGAAGAGGGUAUUUCCUGUGAUGCAGCAAUCCUUAAACAAGAAGAACAGAUAGAACGACUUAAUGAAGCAGUAAAAGAAGAAGAGGAAAUAUUUUCACAAAUUGAGCAUGGUGUCACCAAGGAAUUAAAAGCAAUUGAGGAUGAAUAUAUUAUAGAAACUGAACAAACCAAAGUAAAGGAAGAUGAAUGGGACGACUUCCUUCCCAAACUGAAAGCUGUUCAGAAUGAAUAUGAAGAACAAGUCAAAGAAUUUGAAAGCCUCAAAAAUGAUAUAUCAGCACAGACUCGUGAACAUCUUGCAUUGGAACGUGGCAUUGAUAUGAUGAGAAAGGAAACAAUAACAUACCAAAAUGAGAGGGACCAUGUAAAGAAUUUAUUGAAGAAAGGCCGAAAUAAGGAAUUUGCCUUCAUGAGAAGUCAUCUGAACUCUGUGUUUACUGUAGAAAAAAAUAUCUAUGAAGUAGAACAACACCUGAAACUUUUAGUUCUGGAAAACUACAGACUAAAAAAGGCUAUUAGACUAGUGAAAGAAGAUAUAGAUUAUCUUACAAGGGAAGGACAAAGAUAUACUCUUACAGUAGAAAAAUUGGAAAAUGACGCGCAAGAUCUUCACGACAUGUUUUUGGAUAUGUGGAAGGAAACUCAGAAGGAAAUACAGAAAUUUAAAGGAAAAAACAUGAUUACUUUGGGAGAAACGGAAAAGUUGAUAAGAUAUCUUUAUUUGAGAGAAGACAAGUUGAGCGUCAUUUGUGGUUGGCUCAGAAGGAAUGUUGAUAAUCUGGAAUACAUAAUUGAUUAUAAGGAAUCAACCACUAUCAUUGACAUUGUAAAGACUGAUGAAAGAAAGAAAAGGAAGAAAAGCCCCCAACCUGGAAAAAAGAAAAAAUCUGAAAAUCCCAAAAAAGGAAAAUAAUAAAUUACAGAAAACUGAAGUUGAUCAUUUUUUUAACAGACAAGAUAUAAACUGUCAUUGAUGUGAAAGUCAUUUCUUAAUCAACAGACUGUAUAGAAUCAAGCUUUGUCUCAGAAGACCAUAAGAAUUAGAGCUAGAAGAAAACAAGGAAUCCAUCAAGCCUAAUUCUUUCCUUUUAUACUGGAGAAAAUUGAGAUCUAGGAAUGUCAAGUUAGAGCAAAGAUUCAAAUUAACAUAAAUUUAAAAGAAUAAAAAUAAGAAAAAUGUUAUAUUAUUAAAAGUAUUAUAACUUAAGUUUAAGUAACCAGGUUUAGACCAAUCUUAUACAGUAUUAAUAAAAGAUCUGGCAAAAACAAUUGCUGACUCAUUUUCAUUAGUUUUUGAAACAUGUUCAUUGAGAAAAAAGAGGCAGAAUUGUAGGAGAGCAAAUGUCCUGAUUCUCUACUAUCUCCUGCUUUAAGAGGGGAGUCUAUAAACAAUAUAGUAAAAUUGAUUUUAUUAUUAAAGAGCUGCUUUAUGAGCUGGCAAAAAUGGGCUUCACUAAGUCUACCAAAAUAGUCUCAUUUCUGGUUUGGUUGGUUUAUGGGGGACAUAUAGAAAUCUAGUUAAUCUAGGUUUUAGCAAAACAGCAGAAAAUCUUAUGAAAUUCUUAUACCCAAAGAAAAGAUGAAGGCUAAAUUGAUAACUGCAUGGAUAAUUAAGUUUAAAACUAAUUUGGAUGGCAAAAAGUCAGAGUAAGUAGAUCAUAUUCAUCUUAAGUGGAAUACUUCAGGGAUCUAUCUGUCCUUUGUCUUACAUUGUUCAACAUUUCAUGAGCAUCCAAUUUUUUUAGCCCAAUAGUAGCUUAUAAACUUUUAAAAAAAUUUUUGCUAAAUACAAUUCAAAAUAAGGAAAAAAGACAAAAAGGAAAAAAAUCCAAAACAUUGCCAUGUGCCAAAAAGAACAUCAGAGAGAAUUCAAAAUGAUGAGGGAUAAGAGUAUCAAUGUGGAGGUUAGGCAGGAAUGGGUGAGGUUACCUUUUCCAAGGCAGAAGUUCGGGAGUGGAGCAAAGGAAUUUGCUAAACCCAAAGGCUAUGGUAAAAAGCUUUAUUGUUAAAGAAACACCAAGAGGGAUUCUCUGCAAAGAGUCGUUUUCUGAAGACCCAUUUUAUGUAUGAGUCUAAGGGAAAUCUCAGGUAAAAGUAAAAUCUUGCCUGGAGUUGUGACUUCCUGCAAGAAAACUUAUCUUCCUCUGAGAGGUUGCAAGACCAUUUGGAUUUGUUACAGAGCUCACUCAGGUCAUACAGAUUUUACUCUCAUCAUCUCCCUCCUCAAGCAAUAAGCACAAAUUCUUUUGGGAAAAGGGUUGAGGGUCUCAGAUCUUCCAUAGCUACUUCCUGUUGAGAGUGAUUGUAGAGCUGGCCAUGAUUGGGGGGUUGUGCUUGGAGGAGAGAAACGAGAUCUGAAAACAGCAGCUGCAGCAUCCAAGGGACAUUGAGUUUGCCCAUCAGUUGUCUCAUAAUCCCCAGGUCGCAGGAGAAGUUGGAAGUUCGCAGCUUGAAGCCCUAGAGGAAACAAAUCUCACAAGCAAUCUGAAAGUGCAGGGGCCAAAUAUGAGCAAAAGAAUCAUUUGAAGAGGAGUUAGUAUAGGGGCCAGUAGGGGCCAUAUCCAGGAAUUCCACCCAGAGGAGGACUGGGGAGGAGUGAGGAACUGCUCCUGGGUGUCUUGCAUGCCCGCAGCUUUCUGUAAGAUUCUCUCAGUCCAUAGCUUGACUUUCCUUGAGUUGUUAAUGUACAUGCAGCAAGAGGUGUUGACCAAGAAUUAGACACCUCCGCUAGAGGCGAGAAGAUAAUCUAAGACUAUUUGAUUAUCUAAAACCAAGUCAGCCAAUGAGUCAAGAGAUUCCUGGAUCUCCCUCAGAGAAAGAGCAAGCUGGUUGAUUAUGGCCUUUAGGUAGGAGAGAAAGCUUUCGUGUUCUAAGUGUCCAACCCAGGGAAUUAGCAUCCCAGGCCCUUUCUUUAAAUAGCACAGAACAUUUUCCCCAAAUCCCCGCUUUUGUCUCCUCAGAGGCAUGGGGGCUGUGUCUGAGGCACUGGCAUUGUAUACAGUGAAAGGGGUAAUCAAGUGGCCUAAAGUACAGGACCCGAAGUGUUUGAAAGGAGUCAGGCACCAGGUGGAGAGAAUCACAGGUGGGGGAGGGUCCCAGUCAGAGGCAUUUCUCUUAAUAAGCCCCUUAGAGGUGCUGGAGGGGGAUGGGGUAUUUACUUUGCACGGAUAAUAUCUGAGGUCAGAUUUUAGCAUUCUAUCAAUUGGAAUGUUAGUUUUCAGGAGGUUACGGAGGAGCUUUAAGGAAGGAGCUCUAGAAGCACUGGGAAGGAGCUUGCCAAGAUAUCCCGGAAUGGUUCUCCACAGUUACCCUUUGAGGAGGUGCAUAAUCCUAGGUGCACCUGACCUGUGACCCUUCUGUGCAGCUGGUGCAAGUUGCCAUGGUAAAAUUGCGGCAGGCCUGAGAGAGAUCACCUCAUUUGCACCCCACAGUAUUGGUGGUGCAGGUCAGUGUCCCCACAUCAGGGAUAUAGACCUGGCCAUUAUGGGAAAGUGACAACCACUGUUUCUGUGGUGUGGUGAUGUGUAGAUAUGAAAGCCUUCCCAGCCGGAAAGUAGGGGACAGUCGGGGCAAAGUAGUUCCCUUGGAGGUUGGCUAGCACGAAAGGGGUAGCGUCCAGGGAGGAGAUAGUGACGCGUGGGAGUGGGACCUUUGCAAAGAAUGCAUUCGGCUGUAUCUGUGGCCACCCUGGGGGUGGUGAUGGCACACCUGGACACCCCCAUUCCCCACAGAGUCCCCUAGUCUGAUCAGGAAGUUGUCACCUCACUGGCGAGGAUCCACAGAGUAAAGCCAG